UUCAUCAUAUCAAUAAAUAGUGAGAGUUAUUGUCCAGCCACAUGUCGGGCUGGGAACCCUGCCACUGUGUGAUUGGCUAUUAUAAAGGGCAGCCAGACUCCGCCCUCUAGCUGUCAGUGUACUUCCAGGUUACAGACUGACCUUGCUGGGAUACUGGGCAAGAUGGCAGCUCUGCUGAGAGGGAGUGCUCUGUGUGCCCUGUGCAGGGGAGGCAGAGUUUUAACACUGAAAUCCCUGCUGAUCAGACCCGUGGCCUUGCAGCAAGAUCGUCUUGCACUUCAGAUCUCUGAGAUUCACACUACACCGAAUCGUCAAGGUGUAUCGAAAGCAGCCUCUCAUCACUGGACAAGUGAGCGAGCAGUGAGUUUGGUUCUAUUAGGUCUCUUACCUGCAGCUUACCUGUACCCGGGCGCUGCUGUGGAUUAUUCCCUGGCCGCGGCCCUCACACUUCAUGGACACUGGGGCCUUGGACAGGUGGUGACAGAUUACGUCCACGGAGAUGCCAAGGUUAAGUUGGCCAAUACUGGUCUCUUUGCACUUUCAGCCUUGACCUUUGCUGGCCUUUGCUACUUUAACUAUAAUGACGUGGGAAUCUGCAAAGCGGUAGCGAUGCUUUGGAGCCUCUGAGUAGAUGGGAGAUGAUUGUAUAAGAUUACCUUCUAAUGAAACAUUUCUAAGAACUUCUCACAAUGGAAAAGAUUGUUUAGCAGAAAGCUCAGUGUAACAGACCCGUUUAACGUCUUCCAAAUACUGAAGGCUUUCUGCAGUUUCGCUUUAAUCGCUGAUCAAUUUUUCACUCCUCAAAAUUGCUGUGUAAAAAGAAAAAAACUUAAUUUGAGGUCAUUUGGCUUUAACCUAGCACUUGGGAGCAAAUAUUGUUGGUAUAACAACUGAAAUAAAAUACAUGACACAUUUGUGCGA